AUGAAGCUCCAAGAAGAGCUCUCAGCUCCAAGAUGCUUCACCAGCUGGCAGGCCUGGGUCUCCAGGUGGGCCAUCAACCACAUGUGGACAUGGGAAAAUCACCGCCAAGAGGCUUAUGAUGGAAUCCAGGCUCAGCAGGUGCUGUCUCUUCCAAUUACGCUCAGCGACCGAAUUGGGCAGGGUCUGAGCAUCGCCGGCCACAGCGUACCUGCGUCCCUGGAGCGCCCCAGGCUUUCCAGCGCCAUGGCCAGGGCGUUGCACAUCGUGAUGGAGCAAGGGUGCAAGAGGCAGCGGGAAGAAGAAGUGGACGAGACGAUGGAACAGAAGAUGACGGAAGAGCAGGAGGGAAGGGAGAAAAAAGAGAUGGAAGACAGAACGUCACUGGAGGAGACCAAGGGACAAAUCCUGAAAGUGCACGAGAAGCUUUCGGCCCUGCAGGGAGAGAAGCACCGGCUUUUCCUGCAGCUCGAGAACGUUUCCCACGAGGAAGAAAAACAGAAGCGAAAGGAGCAGAGUGACCCGACUGACAUCAGCGGCAAACCCGCAGGCCUGGCCGUCCACACGGGAAUUCGCCUGCUCGGCGUGCAGGGGAGCCCUGGAGGGCAAAGUCGCCCGGGGAACCUCGGGGCAGCCGACAGAGCCAAACAGAUGUUCACACCCCAAGGGCUUACAACCCAGCACUGCGUGGGCUCAGCAGCCGCUUUCACAGAGACCCCAGAGCACGGGCAAGAUCGAGGCAGCACCUACGGGACGGCUCAGCCCCCACCUCGCUGUGGGCCCCCUCAACCCACCUAGAGUCCUAGUCAGCAGCUCAGAGCACCCUCGGCGGUUCCUGCCCCACAGCCACAGCCACAGCCACAGCCGCAGCCCUACGCUGCGCACAGUCCCGUUCAGCCCAUCCAGACGGGGUUCCUCCCACCUGGUGGUGUGUUGUCUUUGCAAACGCAGAAGGAACAUGCUAACCAGCAAACUGGCUUCUCUGACUCAUCCUCCCUGCGCCCCAGGUGUCCCCAAGCUCUGUAUCCCACCCCGGGACUCCUUGCCUCCCCGCAGCCCCCCCGCUCCAUGCAGAUGCAACCAGUGGGAAAGUCAAGCUUUGCAGCUACCAGCCAACCUGCUCCCCGGCCCCCUUUCAUCCAACACAGGCAGAAACCGCGACUCUACCACAAGUGCCCAUUAAAAUUUAUCUUCAAUCACAUCCCCAACCCGCCCCCACCACCAUGGAUGAAGGACCUGAGCCAAGACUCUGGGUCUCUCUUCGCAGCAUAUGAGGCUGCUCUCACUUGCAAGGUCUGCCUGACCACAAGUGGAGUCUUGGACCCACCCCAAGACAGUUAUUUCGGCAUCUUUGAUACCCAGGUCCUGGCAGAUCCCUGA